UAGAUGUCAGUGCUUCCCGCAUUCGAAGGCAGAAUAACAAUGGUGACAUGUAGGUAUACCAGCGAUCGUUUCUCGGACAAAUCAUGGACAAAUACCCCAUGUUAUAAUCAAGUGCACUAUGUGUAGUUAUUUCAGGUGUCUGUUAAGGCUGAGAUGAAUGAUAACGAGAUCGCUAUUACGUCGCUGAUGCCUACAAGGACAGCUUACCGGUCAGGGGCAUGCAUGGAAAUGGAAGACUUUCAUUACUGUAAUCCUGCUCAAUUAUUAUUAAACUACAAAAAGACAACGUGUAUUUGAGGUUCUUCCGUAUUUGCGUCGUUUGCGAUACCUGCAUAUUCAUCAUCGUCCCUUCUCAUUUGCAUACUGUGUACUUUCGCUUCCUCAACGGGAGCUGAUCAGCUUGAUCACUUUCUGUCACAAUCAUGACAAACAGCGUCGAAGACCAAACGCCCGUUUCGCGAAAAGAUGUGUUCGUUAAGUAUCUACAGUACUACGACAGGGUUUGUCGUGAAGGCGACUUGAAAGUGUGCUCGGAGGCACAGGUGACAGAUGAAGCCAGGCGCGUGCUGCUGUUACCGGGGGAAGAGUCGCGGAAGAGACGCGACGCGCCGGACUUCUAUGAGACUCUGUGUGAGUGCGCGCAGUACAGAGACUGCCACAGACGAGUCCACGACUUUAAAAAAGCCGUCGAGUUACUGGAGAUGUUCUGUGUCAACCUGUUUUUGUUUCCGUGGAAGAAAGAGAUUAAAACAUUGAAGACAUUUACAGGCCACUUUGUCUAUUACAUCAAGCCAGUAUUACCUUUUGCCAGAAGUAUUCUUCAGAUUAUUGGAUACUGCAUGGAAACAGACACUGAGUUUAGACUGUCAGACAAUUUUGACCCCGACAAGGCCAAGAGUAUGGGAUUCGAACUCUUCCUUGUCAGGUUAGAGUGUGAGUAUCUUCUGGAGCUCAUGAACCAGAGAUCACAUGUAGAAUGUCUGGAGAUCAUCCAAACAAGAGCUGCUCCUCUGACCUCCGUUGCUGGGGAAGAAGCUUCCGAACCUAUCAGCAACAUCUGUCAUCUAGAUGAGGAUGUUUUUAAGGAUGAUGGGGAUGUUGGAGGUGGCUCACUGGUAAACCCAGGGGAAGAGCAGCAACAGGAGUCACUUAAAAGUCAUAACCCUCAUGAUCAGGGAGUCGACAAGUCUCAAGAUGCUUCUAUCUCUGAUGUUGAAAGACCGUCCAACUCAUUUAUGACUGACGACAAGUCUAUCUUAGAGAUGCAGAAGAACUACCCAGACCUGGCCAUCCGACAAAAGCCCAUUUUCCGAAAGUCUCAAAGAUCUAUGCAGCCUCUCAAAGCCAAGGAGUGGGCUGGAUCCAGGGGCCACAAUGCGGGCCUGUUCCCCGAGGCCAGUACUGACAUGAGCGGCCCCCAGUCUAUAGCCAUACACACUGACACCACCCCAGGCCAUAGAAAACUACACAUCCCAAAUGCUCUUGCAGAAGCCCAGCCCUCAGAUGACAAACCGUUAGUUCUUCAAGUCGGGAAGCUGCUGCAAGGUCGCAGCCGUGAAGGCUCAUCAGAAGACUGCCUGGCUGAGCUCACUGAGCAAAUGGGGAAAAUGCACAAGGAACUCAGUGCAGAUGAAGCUCUCAAAUACCCCAUAGAGGAGACCGCACAGGCCCAGCCAUGCAGUGAACCCAAUGACGUCUUCACGGCUCCACCCACAAAAUCCCCAGAUGGCAUGAGCAACAUCACAGGUUGUGGGAGCUGUGUUGCAUCUGAUGGCAUUUUUGCACAGGACAGCCUCAUUAAAGAGCCUCCUCAGUCAAUCUACAUCCCUAGUGGACUAAGUGCCUGUCCACCAGCGUUCGGACCGCCAACUGACCACAAUGAGGGCUCAAACGGGCACAAGAGUCCCACACCUCAGCAACCAGAAGACGACCUAGUCCAAACAUACGUGGUUAUUUAGAGACAGUCCUGUUUUUCCUUAUCAAUGGCAGAGAUUUUAAAGUGUUCUAGAAUGUGGCAGUGAACUAAAAAUGGCUUUGUGCUAGUCAUGAUGUGCAAAGCAUUUUCACUGAUUGGGAGUUUCUUGUUAAUGAAGCUCUGAUUUUGGAUUAGCUUUAGUAUUUUACAGUUUAUAGGAAGAACAGCUGUCCGCUUUGUCUUUAACUUCUAUCAUAGCUUUUUGAAAUGAAGAAACAUUUCUUGCUGCUAUAAUUAUCAUGAACCUGUUUGGGUUGAAAUGAUUAUUAGAGCUUGAUUUUCAAAGUAGGCCUACUGUGCCUUACUAAAUGUAGAGACAAAUAAAUGUGCACUUUGGUUUCUUAAUGGAACGUUUGCUCUGCUGGGAUGUCUAUCCUUGGAUUAAUGUGGGGUAAUAUAAGUGUUAAAAAUGGUGUUCAGGGCUUCAUUUAUAAAAUGCACAGAUUUAUUCCUAGAGUGUAAGUUAAAAUUCAUGCCAACAUUAAGAUUUGUAAAAACGGUCUUUGGCAUUGUAAAGUGCUUAGUGCCAUGUCAGGUUCUAAGCAUGUGUGCACACUUUUUUUUUUCUUGUAGCAGAAUUGGUAUUUGGAAAAAAAAAAAAAAAUUUCGCUUGUCAUUCACAAGUAAAGGAUAAUGACAUUGAUAAGGCGUGUUUACAAGACAGAUAUUUGAAACAAUUCAGCUGUGCACAAUUUCAAGAUCAUUUGUGAUUUACAGAUUCACAUCUGGAAGAGAGGCUUACACACACAUUUGUUUCUCUGAAUCACAUGCACAUUUGAGAAAUGAUCUUAGAUCAAUGGUUUCUGUGCAAAAUUUUAUAAAUGAAGCCCCUGGUGCAUCUAUAUUAUAUUAGCUGUUAUUUAAAGUAAUAAGGUGCAAACAAUUUUUGUAUUGAUCUUAAAGUGCUACUGAGGCAACAGUGGAGCACAUCAUGAAAUUAUGUGACGGUAAAUUACAAUGUAAUAAAAUCAGUAUUUUCCAAUCA